AUGGGCACAGCAGCGGAUGGCGGACAUAAUACAACAGACGAAGGCAUUGUGCCUCGAUCCAUGGCACUUUUAUUCGACCUACUCCAUAACAACGACACCAGACCUCUCUCACCCACUUCUUCCAUCUCCUCCUCCACCUCCGCAUCCAACAAAAGCAGCAGUCGAUUAUUACGACCCAAAUCCAAACUAGGCAAUCGCAGCAGCCAUGUACCGCAAGUCGUGCCACAGCUACCCAACAGCCCACAUAAAACAAAAUUUACUGUCAAAGUUUCCUUUAUUGAAAUUUACAAUGAGGAUUUGCAUGAUUUAUUAAAUUCGGCUCCUCUGGAGGAAUUACCGCCUAUCACUAUUCGGGAGGAUACAAAGGGACGAAUUUAUUGGACAGGUGUAAAAGAAGUAACUGUCCAUAGCACGGAUGAUGUUCUUUAUUAUCUCGAGCAAGGUACCCAAAAUAGAGCUACAGGUUCCACAGACAUGAAUGAGAAAUCAUCACGCUCGCAUGCGAUUUUCUCAGUAUCGUUGAAGCAGGAAAAAUGGAUGCCUUCUUCAUCAUCAGGAGCAGCUGAGAAAAAACGACCGGCCAGUUCAAUGAGCACACGAUCGUCCAUUACACCCAACACAUCCCGUUUACUCACGGGUACUCAAGACGACGGAGAAUGGUUGAUCACCACCUCCAAAUUUCAUUUCGUGGAUUUAGCGGGCAGUGAAAGGUUGAAACGAACAGCUGCAGAAGGUGACCGUCGAAAGGAAGGAAUUAAUAUCAAUGCAGGUUUACUUGCGUUAGGCAAUGUCAUUUCUGCACUGGGCGAUCCCUCCAAGAAAACUAAAGUCCAUAUCCCAUACCGCGAUUCUAAAUUAACCCGACUUUUACAAGAUUCCUUGGGCGGGAGUGCAACGACUUUAAUGAUUGCUUGUGCCAGCCCUGUUGAAUAUAAUUUGGCCGAAACCCUAAAUACCUUACAAUACGCAAACCGAGCUCGAAAUAUUAAAAAUAGGUCGGAAAAGAACCAAGUGGAGGAAUGGAUGACGACUGAAAAUAUCGAAUUGUUGCGUUCCUUGAUUGGAAAAUUAAAAAAUGAGCUAAAUUAUGUCAAAUCCAAUGUAUCACCUACUACCGCAGCAGCUCUCAUGAUGGAAAAGGACGACGACGAUGAUGAUGAAGCGUAUCAUGACCAACGCAUGCUGAUUGCCGAUUUGCAACGACAAGUAGAAGAAUUGGAUGGAGAAGCGUCUGUGACGCGUGAACGCAAUCGUAUUGUCGAAAAGGAAUUACAACGUGUGCGACGUCUGGAAGCCAUGGUGGAACGUAAACAGGAGGAAGACGAUGUAGAUUUCCAACAUUUGGUGGAACCCGUGAUUGAAGAAUACGAAAAAAGCGUGUCCAAAUUGGAAUCGCAAUUAGCCUUGACGAAAGCCGCUCUCAAUCAUUCGGAUAUGGGAUAUGAAGAACAACAAACGAAAUUAGGACAGUUAGAAACCUUGAUUCGUUCACAGGAGCAGACCAUUAGUGAAUUAAGGUUACGUCUUGGUAAAGUGCUGGAACGGGAACAGAGCAAUGAAAGUUAUAUUCAUGAACUGGAAACCAAGUUGAUGAAAUCCGCCAAUGAGACGACCAAGGAUCAGGAAAUGCUUAACGAUUUAAAAAACAAGAUUAUGAAGUUUAAGGAGACAGACGAAAAUACGGAGCAAUAUAUUCAUAGUUUAGAGCAACGAUUGGCUUCGGGCGAUGCAGAACGAACCCGUUUAAGAACAUGCGUUGAAGAUCUUGAAGCUAAAAUCGAAGCCAAAGAACGAACCAAUGUUGAGCUUUUGAAACGAUUAUCCAAAACCACAAGUAAUACGAGUACAGAGAAACUCAUGCUGAAAGAAUUAGAUGAGGUGAAUGCCAAAAAUCUUGAUCUGACAAGAGAGCGUGAUGCUCUACAAGAAAAAGUCAAGGAUCUUCAAGAGAAUCAUCGUACGAGUUUAUCCUUAAAACAAGAAGAAGGAUCCAAUAAGGUGGAUAAGACAGGUUCAGGUGCGACCCUCGAAUCCGAAUUAGAAUCUACGUCUAUCGCCUCCCCCACCCAGUUCAAGAACCGUAAAAGCUUCGCAGAUGAAAAGGAGACCCCCUCUUCUAUCGCUGCAUUAACUUUAAUUCAGGCGGAAUUGCGCGCCAAGGAGGAAACUGAACGCGCGGAUCGCUUACAAAGAAAUUUCGAUGAUUUACAAUUUGAUCACGCUGAAACCUUGAAGGAAUUAGAAGAGGUGUUACAACGUUAUCAUGAAAGUUUGGAACAGCUCGAUUUUCUUGAACGCGAUUCUUCUUCCAUUACUGCUCAUGAAGAGGAUGUCGUGAUACCCGUACCCAAAUCGCUGGAUCUCAGCAAAGAAAUUGCACAAGCCAAAGAAGAUGCCCUGGUACAGGAGAAGCAGGCCUAUCAAGCACAAAUCGCCACAUUGCAAGAAACCUUGGCACAGCAAAAAUUAGUGGAAGCAGAUACACAUCACCAAAUGCAAAAGUUACAAACCGAAUUAGACGACAUGAAGACACAACAAAAAAAGCGACAAACGGAGCAAUGGAAAGAAGCGCAUGCUGAAUUAAAAAGAGAUUUAGAAAAGAUCACUCUUGAUUUAGACGAAAAGGAAAAUUACCUUGUUCAAUUAAAGCAAGAUUUGGAGCAACGUUCCACCACCCAAAACGAAUUACAAACGAAUCUGGAAAAGUCCAAUCAGCAAUCGACUUCCUUACAAAAACGCUUAGCCGAGACCUUGGCUUCCUUGACGGUCUUAAAGAUCUCCCAUGACGGACUUUUAAAGAAACAAACCACGGCUCUGGAGGAUGCGGAGAAGGUUGCAAAGCACAAGCAAGAAAGGGAGGCGUUGGUGGACAGACACCAGAACGAACUGAUUAGUAUCCAGGAGACCAUGGAAGACAUGGAUCAAAUUUUAAAGCAUGCAACAUUGGAAAAAGAGCAAGCUUUAGAGCAAAUGAUGGAACAUGAUGCUCUAGAGGAUGCAUUGGCUGAAUUAGAGGCGUUACACGCAGAUGAAUUGCAAAAAUUGAAAUUGGAGCAUCAAACUCAGUUAGAAGGCCUCAUGUCAGAAAAUGAAGGACUGAAGGAAUCACACAAGAACGUGCGAGAGACGCUUCAAUUAGAGUUGAAUGAAGUCAAGAUAUCACAUGAAAAGCAAUUAAAGCAGUUGAGCACAGAACAUCAAAUGUUGAAGGCCGAAGGAUUGGAGACAAGUCUUGCCCAAAAGGAUUGGGAGACCGCUCUCGAAAGCAGUAAUGAACGCAUCCACCAAUUGCAGGGGGAACUAGAAGCUUGUCAAAAAAGGACAGUUCUGGAUGAGCAAACAUUGAGAACUGAACAUGAAAAGACGGUAGGACAGUUACAAUCGGUUCAUGCGACGGAAUUCCAACAAUUACAGUCAGAUGUACUUCAAAGGGAAGGCGGACUCACGGAAAAGAUAGCUAGGCUGGAAUCUGAGUUGGUACUUGCCAAGGCCGACCAUGUCACACUUGCACAAAGGCACCAAGUGGACCUGACUCCCAGACAAGAAAGAGAUACACUUUUAAAAGAGAUGGAGCAACUCAGAAUGGAGAUGGAAGGUCAAGUUCAGCAGAUAAGUGAGAAGGAGAGAGCCAUUGUGGGUCUUGAGAAACAAAUGCAUGAUUUGAAAGAAGAGAAUGUUGAAUAUACCGGCUUAGCACAAGAAUUGGAAAAAGAAAUGAACCGUAUGACAGAAGAAAAGGAGGUUCUGGCCGAAGAUCUGGAUAUGAUGGAAGAGAAUGUCCAACUUUAUCAAGAGCAGAUGAAUGACAUGAAGAAUAUUCUCUGUGUGAUAUCAGAUGAUGCGGUUGUACCUAAAAUAAAGGAAUUAAUAAUGAUUCAAGAAGAACGAUCGACUCGUAAAAUGUCAAUUAUUGACCAACUGGCGCGUGACAAGAACCGAUUACAGGAAGAACUCUCCAAUUGCCAGGAUCAAAUGAAGCUAGCUCGUGACGAAAUGGAAAAGGAAUUGGCUGAACAAAAACAGAAACAAGAGAGAUCCGAAAAGAUCAUAAAGAAGCUAGAAAAGCAGUUGGAUGAACUGUUAAAAAAGAAAUCUUCCUUCAUGUGCUUUUAA